AUUUCUAUGAUUAUCUUUCACACGGUGUCGUAGGUCGUAACUUUCUCCAUCCAUUUUAUCUAGUCAAGGAAGAUGGCGGCAAUAUUGAGACAUUCCCUAUGCAGAUCCUGCGAAAUUAUCCCUCCAGCAACUGCAAGCUUUAGUUAUUAUUCUACGAAAGCCGAAAAAAAGAAAGGAAUCGAUAGGAAGCCAACCCCAACCAUAAAUUCAACCGCUGAAUCUUUAGCUGCAAAAGGAUUUUUAAGACCGCAGAAAGAUUACACACCACCAAAGGAUGCAGACAAGAGUUUAGAUGAAAUUUUCAAUUCAGUUUUGGGCCAAGAAAAAAAGUUAUCCAACCUUCCCCAAAAGACUGAGGUUUUAAGAGCCUGCUUCUCGAAAUUUCAACACUCUGUACCUAAUUCGUUAUUAAGAACAAUUAAAACGUUAGAUGAUAUCAGAAAUUUCUACAAUACACCUGUCGAUACCUCCACUCCUUAUGAUAAGUUGAGAAAUAUGGACCUACCGGAGAAUCUACACGUCCAAUACGACUAUGUUAGGUUCCAUCCAGAUUCAGAUACGAAGUUCAACGGACAAACUGCAUUCAACGAAAGAUCAACUUUGGUUACGGGAUUGAAGUAUAAAGGCAAAUAUCUUGGACAUAUUCAAAAACCGAACUGGCCUUUCAAUAAUUAAAUAUUUCGUUAGUGAUUAAGAACCAAAUAAAGAAUUAAUCGAA